AUGGCUCCCAAAGUCCUCGUUGUCCUCACUUCGUGUGGUCAAAUGACCACGGCUGACAAGCUCACAGGCUGGUACCUGCCCGAACUAGCCCACCCCUACGACGUCCUCUCCCCCAAAACCGAAAUUGUGAUGGCCUCCCCCAAAGGCGGCAUCGCCCCCGUUGACAUGGGCUCCGUCGAAGCCUUCAAAUCGGACCCCUCAUCGUCCUCCUUCUUCGCGAACCAAAAGUCCGUCUGGGAGACCACAAAGCCCAUCUCCUCCUUCCUGGGACGCGCGUCCGAAUUCGCCGCCCUCUUUUACCCGGGCGGCCACGGGCCCAUGUUCGACCUCGCCACCGACACCGACUCUAUCCAACUCAUUAACGAGUUCGUCGCUGCGGAAAAGCCCGUCGCGGCGGUGUGUCAUGGACCCGCGGUUUUCACGAACGUGGUGCUGCCCAGUGGGAAACAUCUGUUGGCGGAUAAGGAGGUCACGGGGUUUUCAAAUGCGGAGGAGGAUAUGGCGCAGAUGACGGAGUUCAUGCCGUUCUUGCUCGAGACGAAGAUCAAGGACGUGGGCGGCAAGUACGUCAAGGCUGAUGAGGCGUGGGGAGAGAAGGUGGUGGUUGUGGAUGGGGGAAAGUUGAUCACCGGGCAGAACCCAGCGAGUGCUAAGGGGACUGGGGAGGCAAUCCUGAAGGCGAUUGGACUGUAG